AUGUCGGCAUCGCCAGAGCCUCAGGCUGAGUUGCCUGCGACUGACCGUGACGAGGUCCGAGCCGAACUCGAUGAUCUCAACGACAAUGGAGACACAGGCAUAAACCUAGACCUAGGCCUUUCAGAUGACGAGUCCGUACUGUCAGAAGUUGAUGAGGCGCAGUUUGAAGACUUUAAUCCGGAUGAUGUUGAUAUUGAGGAUCGUCCAGCACUCGACGUCGAUGCGGAGAAUCUAAAACUUAUUGGUCGCCACAAGCGCAAGAGACGUGAAGAUGAAGAAGGGGGAACAAGAAAGAGGAAGGAAGGUCGUCGAGAAAAGAAGAAGCGCCAGCAAAGGGACUCCGAUGCUGAAUCUGCUGAGGGGAAACAGGGUCGUCGCAGAACAGCGAAGUCCAGACGAGAGGCUACUCCAGAAGACGAUGAGACCCUUAGUCCUGAAGAAAGACGCCGCCGUGCAUUGGAUCGUGCCAUGGACGCCGCUAUGAAGCAGAAGACGAGACGAAGGAGAAAAGCCGACGGAAUUGAUCUUGAACAAAUGGCAGAUCAGGAAAUCGAAGAUAUGCGGAGACGUAUGACAGACGCAGCUCGAAUUGAUGCCGAAGCCCGCCGUCAAGGCCAACCAGCCAUGCACAAACUUAAGAUGCUACCGGAAGUCUUGAAUCUUUUGAAUCGCAACCAGUAUACGGCCAGUCUUGUUGACCCGGAAAUCAAUCUUUUAGAAGCUGUCAAGUUCUUUUUGGAACCACUCGACGACGGCGAGCUUCCUGCCUACAAUAUUCAACGUGACCUGAUGGAUGUUCUGGGCAAGCUUCCGAUCAACAAAGAUUCACUCGUUGCAAGUGGAAUCGGAAAAGUGAUAGUCUUUUACACCAAGAGCAAACGCCCGGAGUUGAAGAUCAAGCGACAAGCCGAGCGUCUCUUGGCUGACUGGACUCGACCGAUUCUCCAACGAUCUGAUGAUUAUUCAAAGCGUGUGUACGAGGAAGUCGAUUUUGAUCCAACACGUUUGGUCAAUCGUGCCAAUAUCGCGCAGCAAACUGCCGAAGAAGCACGUGCACGCGAACUCCUACCACCCCGUUUGGCCAACCGUGCUCGUCGUGAGAUGGGACAUACUUCGUACAGUAUUGUUCCUCGCUCAACGGUGGUACAAGACAACAAAUUCGCUCGUCCUGUUGGAGCCAGUGGAGAAGAUCGUUUCCGACGAAUGAAGGCGCGCCAGUUGAAUGCUGGUAAACCAUCUCGCAGGUAG